UCGUCAAUCAGAAAGUCAUCAGAACAGAGCCACAAACUUUCUUCUGAACCAGCUUUUAGCAAUAGUAAUGACGAUGGACGAUGCCAACUCGGUCUACGUCGGCGGCCUCCCUUACGACGUCACCGAGGAAGCUAUCCGCCGUGUUUUCUCCACUUACGGCACCGUUGUCUACAUCAAGAUUGUGAAUGACCGGAGUGUAAGAGGGAAAUGCUAUGGCUUCGUUACAUUUCCGAAUCGUCGAUGUGCUGAUGAUGCUAUCCAAGACAUGGAUGGCAAAAGUAUUGGUGGGCGUCCUGUGCGUGUGAACGAGGUGACAACAAGAUUUGGUGGUGGUCAAGGGAGGUUUCAACCACAGAGCCCUGAUCAUGAUCAUGGGAGAAGUGAUUUCAGUUACGGAAGGGCACGUGAACGGGAUAGGUCACGUGACAGCAGAAGGGAAUAUUAUUAUUAUACAGAGAAGAAGGAAAGAGCAGCAUAUGAUGAUGAUCAUGAUAUGCUGGGGGAUAGAGAUGGUUACAAGGACAGCAGGGUUUUGAAAGAAGGAGAUUGGCGUGGGGACAAUGGUGGUAGUAGUAGGGGAAUCAACGGGACCAGUUCUCACAACGAAACGAAGAGAGAAGAUAGUGGUACCAUGCUUGAUGGUGGGCGUGGCAGAGAUGGAAAAGAUCACUUGUCUAACUCAAGUGGAGAUCACAGCUUUCAGGUGAAAGAAGAACUGGAAGCGCUGAUCAAGACACAUGACGUGCUUCAAGAUGAGGUACUGGUGAUGGAAGAGAGAUUGGAAGUAAAAGAAGUUCUGUGCUCAGAGCUACAGAACAAGUUUAAGAGAUUGGAAGAUUUAUUGAACAAUGAAAAGAAACUGACUUCACAACGCCGAAAAGAAUUGGCAAAGCUACACAAAUCAUAUUCAAGGGUCAGAGAGUGCACGGACAACCUGAAAGACUGCGAACAGGAACUCCAGUCACUUGUUAGUUCAGCAGCUAGAGAAGGCGUGGCUGGUGCUGCUGAUGAAGGUCUUGAAAACGGUAUCUACUUUCCCCGGAAUCAACUCCACCGACUCUUCAUCAACCUUCUCACUGUCGUUCGACACUUGAGAUGGACCGCUGGCCGGUUUCUUAGCCACGGUCACGGACUGCUGAUAACCAAUACCACCACAGAUCGUAACGAGAAGACAGACCAACCCAACAGGACUCGCAUGCUUAUCCCAAAUCAAAACAUUAAUCACAACAGUCAAGAACUUGUUCACAACACCAGUCACCGUAAAAGCCGUAGCAGAGAUAGCUUUCCUAGCAGCAAACCCGAAGAAGCUGAUGAGAAAACCAAACACACACGACAACGCCACAGCGAAAAAUGCUACUGGCUCAAACAAGCUCCCUCCUCCGUUAGCAUUAACGGCCGUGAAAACGUCCGUGUACUCCCCGGUUAGAAACCAAAAGAUGGGCGCGAUCAUCAGCGACAAUAGGUUGUUGUACAGAACAAACCCCCACGUGUUGAGCUCGAGACUCGAAACCAUAUGCUUGAUGUAAACCAUCUCGGUGGUGAUGGUGACGAGAUAAGCCACGGCCCACGAAUAAGCCGUGAGAGUGAAGGCAGAGUCGUUCGCCACGUAACCAACCGCGCCAGCGAGGAUCACGAGCAGAGACAAGAACGUGAGCUUGGAAGGACGCGGCUGGGAGCGGAAGACCGUGUCGGCGAUGGCGACGAGGAGAGGGGUGAGGGAGCGGAAGACGAUGAAGGUGUCGACGUUGGCGUGGCGGAGGAGGUUGGUGUUGGUGAAGAUGGCGAGGUAGAAGACGAGGGCGGCGGGGAGGAACUUCUUGGCGGUGUCCCAGGUGAAGGCGUCGUGGUGGAGGAAACCUAGCUUCCCGAGGAGGUAGACGCCGACGGUGGAGGUUAGGUACUGGAGGGCGGUGAGGAGGCCGGGGUAGUUGAAAUAGGUGAUGGCGAACUUGUUGAUCACGGCGAGGAGGCUGGAGCAGAGCGCGUAGCCGACGACGAGGCUGCUCGUCGCGUAGGCGGAGGAGGAGGAUGAUGACAUUGUGUUGUGUUGUGUUUGACCAGAUCGGAGAAAAUGGAUCUGGAUCGAGAGACGUGAGUAUUAUAGGAGGAAGGGAAGGGAGGCGACGACUUAUAUUACAUCGCGACUUAUUACAUCACAGUGUCGUGCGGGAUUGGCUAUUGCAUGUUUGUUAUCUUUUUAAGUCUUUGACGUUACUUUUUUCUUUUGUUGAUAAAUUAGUGUUUAUUUGGAAAAAUCAACCACUAAUGGAAGCUAAUUAACAAAAAUGAUUCUUUGUGGGUAUGAAA